AUGAAUUCUGUUGUCCUUAUUUCAAUGCUCGUGACUGUACAGUUGUGUUAUUGCGCAACCUCUGGUAGUUAUUCUUCUUCCAACGCUGUGAAUGAAGAGGAAGAAGAGUAUAAUCAUGCUCAAAAAAUACCAGUUACUAUGGAUGUCUCGAAUCUAAACCCAGAUUGGUUCUAUGUAGAGAGUCUAGAAUCUGGACUAAUUGAUGUGCACAGUGGAUAUUUUGUCGAUGAAAUUGUAGAUGACGAUGAUGUUCUUUGGGAGUCUUCAGAGGGCUGGAGGUGUACUCACGCAUUCAUAGAGUCAAGUUCAACGAGGACUCUCCUGGUAAUGGGUUUUGGAAAGGGCAAAGAGUACCGCUAUCAAGCUCUCUUGAAGGAAAAUGGAGAAUGGAAUGAAGUUCCCAUGAUUAUUGCCAGCGAACUCUCUAUAGCAAUAGGCAAGGAACGUGUCCAAGAGCAGAGUGCAGCCCAGAACAUUUACAAUGCAUAA